AUCACAAAACAUGUUGGCGGCUUGUAAUUUUGACUUGGAGUUCAUUUAUAUUCUUAGUGGUUGGGAAGGUUCAGCUCAUGAUUCAAAAUUAUUAAAUGAUGCACUAACAAGAAGAAAUGGGUUAAAAGUUCCACGAGGGAAGAGUUUUCUAGUUGAUUGCGGAUUUGCAAAUCGUCGUCAAUUUUUGGCUCCAUUUCGAGGUGUUCGAUAUCAUCUUCAAGAUUUUGGUGGGCAAGGUUGUCAUCCUGAAAAUGAAAGGGAGUUAUUCAAUUUACGUCAUGCUUCCUUGAGGAAUGUUGUUGAGAGAAUAUUUGGCAUUUUUAAAUCACGGUUUGCGAUUUUUAAGUCAGCUCCUCCAUUCCCAUUCAAAACGCAAGCAGAGUUAGUAUUAGCUUGUGCAGGAGUGCAUAACUUUCUACGCAAAGAAUGUAGCUCAGAUGAAUUUCCUGUUUCUUCAGAUGAUGAAGACUCUUCAGACGAAUCUUUGAUAGAAGACGACGAAGAUGAAAUUGACACUCUCCAAACGCAGGAUGAACAAAGGCAAUAUGCAAAUCAAUGGAGAAACGGUAUUGCACAACAAAUGUGGACGGAUGUCAUCAAUGAAGAUUACAUAGAUUGGAUGUAUUCCUUUUGUUACUUUAGUACGGUUCAUAAUUGUUUAAGAUUGUGCUUUGAUUAUGGAUUAAAUAUGAAUUACGUAGUUUGUUAUAUUUCAAUUUGACGUUUUUCCUUAAAUAUGAUUAGAUUGAAGCCAAUUUAUCAUUAACAUUUCCCAAUGAUUUUUUUUAAAAAAGAACGAAUAAUUUUUUAUCAAAAUAUUCUGACGACUUUUCCAACGGCGGUUUGCGGUGGCUGAGCAGGUGUGGGAGUUGGGAAUUAGGGUAGGGGUUUGCACCGACUUGUAUUUCAAAUCUAUUAAAAUCCAUUGAAAUCCAUAUAAUUCCAUGAAAUAGAAUUCCAUAGAAUUCCAUAUCAA